UUGUUCUUACUUGAUAAACGAUGGGCAACUGUUUUCCUGUGGCGUAUAGAGCUCAGCCUAUUAGUGAUAGAAACAUUACAAGCCAAGAAGAUACCUUUUGUAAUACUAUGACUGCUUACAAAGAGACUACAACUGUUGUGAAUCCUAUGGCUAAUACGAAGCGAGAGUUUCAUAGCGACAAAGGGUCUACAUAUUGGCUACCAAAGGAUGAAGAAGAGCAGAUGAGACUUACAGGACAACACUAUGCUUUCAAGAGUCUAUUCGAAGGGAAUGUGUUACCAAGCGUAACAAGUGCUUUAGACUUUCAAAAGGGAAUCAACAUCCUUGAUGUAGGAUGUGGAUCUGGUGUGUGGAUUAUGGACAUGGUACAAGAAUAUCCUAAUUGUACCUACCAUGGAUGUGAUAUAGAUGACAUUACCUACAAGAAUGUAGAUGUAAAGCAGUUUACCUUUAGCAAAGGAAACGUAAUCAAAGGGCUCCCAUAUGAAGAUAAUACGUUUGACUUUGUCCAUAUGAGAUUUUUCGUCCUUGCUCUUCGUGAAGACGAAUGGCCAACGGCUAUAAAAGAAUUAAUACGUGUUACUAAACUCGGAGGCAUGAUACAGAUAUCAGAAUUUGGCUUUCAGCUGCCCAAAGAUACUACCAAUAUAUUCUAUAGGGUUAUGUCAGCUUUUAGAGACACUUGUAAAGCAAAAGGACAAAAUGUGUAUAUAGGAGCUGAACUAGAAAAUAUGCUCUCAAAGUUUGAUGGCAUAAAUAUUGCUCAAUCCGAAUGUAGGCUUUGUGAUACGAG